CCCACCCACCAUCCCUCCCUCCCCGUGACUGCAGUCAUGCCCGAGACAACGAGCCAGCCGAUGAUCCGCAGCCACUUCGUGAGCCGCGUGACCAGCCUGCCCGUCGUGUCGACCGCUCUGGACACGGCCAAGCAGUCCUACAACCACGUCAAGGACAGCAGCGGCCUGCUGGGCUACACGCUCAGCACGGCCGAGAAGUCGGCCGCGUACGCCGUGGGCCACUCGCUGCCCCUGCUGGAGAAGUUCGCCCGCCCCAUCAACUACGUGGACAGCCUGGCCUGCAAGGGCCUCGACCGCAUCGAGCAGAGCUACCCGGCCGUGAAGCAGAACUCGCCGCAGGCCAUCAUCAAGGACGCGGCCACGUUCGGCCUCCAGAAGUACGCGGACGCCCGCGACUACGGCGUCAGCCUCGCCUCGCACGCCAUGCGCGCCGUGGUCCACCCGCGCGAGGCGGUGGCCAACGCGUACCAGGCCUGGAGCGAGCAGGCCCGCAGGCAGACCGUCGUCGCGCUGGCGGCGGCCGAGGAUUCGUUGGACAAGGAACUGGCGUCCUUGGGCGUCUCCGUUCAGCAGAGCCGCUACGAAAAGGACGGUGAGGUGGCGCGUCGCGUGGCCAGCGUGGUGCAAAAGUCUCGCCAGUACGUGUCGCUCAAGGGCCAGCAGCAGUACGAGCUGUUCCAGCAGCGUGCCUCGCAGAUAGCCGCCCAGCUGCAGCAGGCGCUCGGCCUUCUGUCAAAGAUAAAGGACGGCCUCCUAGACGGAAACAAAAGCUUCAAGGACAUCCUCGACGAACUCCACUCGGACGCCGGUUGGCUCAAGGCAUUACUCAACGACCCACAUCCGGAGACAAUCAAGACCUUGCCUGGCAAAGUCCUGCUAGUGUCCCAAAACGCCGUGCAUCAAGCCGUCACCGCUGUUACCGAGAACUCAAAGUUGGCCCGGGGUGUCCAGGAAACGUACGCCAAGAUCUCACCCGAACUGAACAAACGACUCGCCCCCAUCGGCCACCUAGCCACCGAAUCUGUCGCCAAGGUGUACACUCAGCUUGCCCACAUUACGGACAGCUUGCGCCAGACCAUCCAAGCCCUGCUCGGCCACCUUCCUGCCCUACCUUUUGUCGAAAAGCCUGCUCAAGAAGAUAAGAACAGGGAAGGGGAUGAUGACGACAGCUCGACGGAUUCGGAGGAUUAGUGGAUCUAGCCUUGCUUUUUUGUAUGAAUGCUUGUAUGAAAGCAAACAAGAAUGUCCGUGUGCAUGUCACUCUUGAACUUUGCUGAUAUUUCUGCCGGAUCUGUAAGCCCGGAUGGAGAUAUACCAGCAACAAUUUAAUGCCACUGGUAGUGAUGUUUGUAUUGCGCAUGAAAAGAAAAGACACCUUAUCUUAGCGCAGAUGCAAUGGUAAAAACGAGUAAAUGAAUAAUAAAAUGACUGUACUAGAGAAA